AUAAACUAUUUAAAUAGUUACUGUACAGAAUGGAUAGAUAUUAUAAAGAGCUUUUGCAGCUCAAACAGAGAGUGGAAUGCCAACUGGGUUGUGCAGAAAAAUAUGGCACAAGUUCUCGAUAGUCAAAAACCCAUCUUCUUUAGCUAUGUUGCUGUGCUUAUUGUGCUUAUUUGCGUUAUCAAUUCUCAAGCACAAUCUGGGACUCCUGCACCUGAUGAAGUGGAAGCCCUUCGUGAAAUAGCUGAACAACUGAAUAAGGAGGACUGGAAUUUCAGUGAUCCAUGUAGCAAUGUUCCAACUUUUUCGAGCCCACAUACCGAUCAGUACAACAAUACUCUUGUCUGCAAUUGCUCAUUCUCCGGCAAUGUAUGCCACAUUCAAAGCAUUAAUCUUACUGGUCAGGAUCUAGAUGGUGUUCUUCCAGCAUCACUGGCUAAGCUACCUUAUCUUAAGCAAGUUGAUCUGGGUCAGAAUGAUCUUAGUGGUUCGAUUCCACGUGAAUGGGCUUCAACCAAGUUGGAAUUUCUGGUUCUCAGCGUGAACAACUUAUCAGGACCUAUCCCUGGCUAUUUGGGAAACAUAACUACUCUCAGAGCUCUGGCCUUGGAAAGCAACUCAUUUUCUGGACCUGUGCCUUCUGACCUGGGAAAAUUGACUAACAUGGAGUUUCUCUAUCUUCGUGCUAACAAUCUCACUGGAGAGUUGCCUGUGGCUCUCACUAAUCUGACCAAAUUAAAAGUACUUCAGAUAGGUAGUAACAACUUCACUGGAAGAAUACCGAACUACUUUCAAAGUUGGAAAGACCUCCAAAACUUAGAGAUGCUAGCGAGUGGUCUUGAAGGGCCCCUUCCAUCCAGUCUCUCUGCCUUAAAGAAUAUGACAGACCUGAGGAUUGGUGACUUGAGUGGUGAGAGUUCAGAAUUUCCAAAUUUAUCAAACAUGACAAACAUGCAGAAACUGAUGUUAAGGAGCUGCAAUAUAACAGGAGAAAUCCCUGGAUAUAUAUCCACCCUGACAAACCUGGCUGUUUUAGAUCUAAGCUUCAACAGAUUGGAAGGGGCCAUUCCAAAUUUUGCUAAUAUAAUGCGGUUAUCAACAAUAUAUUUGACAAGUAACUUGCUUACUGGGCUUCCAGACUGGAUCAAAAGUAGAGACAGUCGCUACAAUAUAGAUAUCUCCUACAAUAACUUCUCUCAGAGCUCUGUCCCAACUACUUGUCGAGAAACUUUCAAUUGGUUCAGAAGUAUUUCCCAACAGAACAACUUAAUACUAAGCAAUUGCCUCAAGUCAUGUUCAAAAGAUCAGUACUCAUUGCAUAUAAAUUGUGGUGGAAAACAAACCACCAUCGGAAGCAUCAAGUAUGAAGGAGAUGAAGCCUCAGGAGGUGCAGCAACAUUUGUUCAGGCCACACCCAAUUGGGGGUUUAGUAGCACUGGUGAUUUCGUAGAUGCUUGGAGUUCUGACAAGGACUAUAUUGCCAAUAAUGUUUCCAUACUUAAAAUGAACAGCUCCAAAUUGUACACAACUGCACGACUUUCUCCUCUUUCUCUCACCUACUAUGCCCAUUGCUUAGCAAAUGGAAAUUACACUGUGAAACUACACUUCGCAGAGAUAGUUCUCAGAGACAACAGGUCUUAUUAUGGUGUUGGAAGACGAAUGUUUGAUGUUUAUAUCCAGGACAAACUAGUAUUGAAGGAUUUUGAUAUUACAAAGGAAGCACUAGGGGUUGAUAAGGACGUGAUCAAGGUAUUUAAAGCAGUUGUUAAUGUUAAGACUUUACUGAUCCGCUUUCAGUGGGCUGGGAGAGGGACAACUAAUGUUCCACUAAGAGGAAAAUAUGGUUCUCUUAUAUCAACCAUCUCAGUGCAGUCUGAUUUCAAUCCCCCUGAUGACAGCAAAAGGAAGAUUUAUAUUGUGGUUGGAGUUGUUUCGGCUCUAUGCCUUAUCUUCUUAAUUUUUGGCAUUCUUUGGUUAAGAGGCUGUUUCGGACACAAGACAACCAGGGAAGAAGAAUUGAGAGGAUUGGAUCUGCACACUGGUUUCUUUAGAUUCAAACAAAUUAAAGCUGCUACUAACAACUUUAAUGCUGCAAACAAGCUUGGGGAAGGUGGCUUUGGAGCUGUUUACAAGGGUGAAUUAUUGGAUGGCAGUUUUAUUGCCGUUAAGCAACUUUCUUCAAAAUCAAAGCAGGGAAAUCAUGAAUUCGUGAAUGAAAUAGGCAUGAUGUCUGCAUUACAACACCCAAAUCUUGUUAAACUGUAUGGAUGUUGCACGGAAGGAAAUCAGUUAUUGUUGGUCUACGAAUACAUGGAGAACAAUAGCCUAUCACAUACUUUAUUUGGUUCGGAGGAAGGCCUACGGAAAUUGGACUGGCCUACAAGGCAGAAAAUAUGUGUUGGUAUUGCAAGGGGUCUUGCUUUCCUGCAUGAUGGAACUUUGAAAAUCGUUCAUAGAGAUAUCAAACCAACCAACAUAUUGCUGGAUAGGGACCUUAAUGCUAAGAUAGCUGACUUUGGUUUGGCUAAGCUGGACGAAGAGGAGCAAACCCAUAUUAGCACCAGAGUUGCUGGAACUAUAGGAUACAUGGCACCAGAGUAUGCUUUAUGGGGCUAUUUAACCGAUAAGGCAGAUGUAUACAGUUUUGGUGUUGUAGCAUUGGAACUGGUAUCAGGGAAAAACAACAUCAAAUAUCGGCCAAAUGAAAAUUUUGUAUGCCUUCUAGAUUGGGCCCUUGUUUUACAACAAAAAGGAAAUCUAAUGGAGCUGGUGGAUCCAAAGUUGGGUUCUGGGUUCAACAAGGAAGAGGCACUUAGAAUGAUAAAGGUAGCUCUACUAUGCGCCAAUUCAUCACCGGCACUAAGACCCACGAUGUCUGAAGUAGUGAGCAUGCUUGAAGGCCGAACUGUUGUUCAUCAAGUGACCAUAAAUCCAAGUAUUUAUGGUGAUGAAAUGAGGUUUAAGGCCUUUACAGAGGACUCUGAUCCGAAUAUGCAAGAGAGCUUUGAGGAGACUCGAAGCUUCAUUCACUCCGAUUCAAAACGGACCGCCUCUUCCUCAUCGUCAGUCCUGAAUAUUGAUACAGUUAAACCUGGGACCCGAUAAUGAAAUUAAGCACAAUGUCGCCCAAGCACACUGCCACAGAAAGCAGCUACUACCUAAAUUGAAGUUUGACUUUACCAUACAAGCAAGUGAAACCAAGACAUGCACUAGAGACUGCAAAUAUAGUAACAUCAACCAUGAUCAUGUUAUAUAUAUUACUAGGAACUCUCAACUACAUUCAUUUGAUUGAUUCUUGUAUUGUUUAUAAAAA